UAGAGAAUAGCAAAAUCGUAAAAAUUAUCGUUAAGUCAUUAUAACGAUCCGAAAAUCGUUAUAAUAUAUCGUAUAUAAGCACACUGAAACGCAGUUGCUAUUUCAUGAACAUACAUAUUUAACUCGUCCUUUGUUAGUGUAUUUUGGUUUGGUCAUUUGGUAGGAAAUCGCGUUACAUCUCUUUACUUUCCUGGCUGCCCAAUUUGUACGGUAAAUACAAUACAAUUAGUUGCCGAUCAGCGAAGGAAGUGGAAGAUGUACUGCGAAAUAAACGGAACCUUUUAAAAUAUAAUUCAUUUGGUUCUUGUUAAAUUCGCUCCACUGGAUCGGUAACACCUUUAUUUCGCAGUACUAAUUCGUUUUGGUACUGGAAUAUUAUUUGCCCUUUGCCAUUGCCGAUUAUAAUUUGGUUGCCAUUUGCCGUUCACAAUUUACAUGGGCAAAUCACCUCGCCGCAGCCCUCGAUUAAAUAGUGACACAAUGGACGUUAAUAAUCCAGCAUCGACUCCCGCCACGUCGAAUACCGCAGUUAAGAAAUCUACUUCACAAAAUGACACUGCCACCAUUGCCGCAGGCACAGCCAGUGCCCCUUCAAUCGCUCCUUCCUCUACUGGAACAGUUAGCCGUAACUCUUCCACGACAUCCAGGCCAAGAGCAUCAACGCCUAUUUCACGUCAGGAAGCCAUAAUGCAAGCCGUGCAAAAGCGUAUUGCCAUGUUGGAGAAUAGUCUGAAAGCAGCUGAAGUGAAGCUAAAGGAACACGAAUCCCACAUUGAGACUGUCAAUGCUCCUGGCAGUGCUUAUAUCGCCGGGAUGUCAGCUCCUCAAUUACCUCAAAUACAACAAGUUGUACCGCUCCCAGAUUUACAGUUGCCGCCAAAUACCGCUACAAACUCACAGCCGUUAGCCUCUCUAACGGAUAGCCGCCAAUUGCCAAUAUCUUUUGCAACGACCACACAGAACAUGUACACAAAUUCUGACAUUCAUCAGAGUAACAAUCUAUCAGUGAAUUCCAAUACUCCCAUUAAUGCCAACAUGGGCUCUGUAGCCAAACACUCGUCCUACUUACCUAGACAAAUGCAAGUCUUGCCGGAUUUCUGUGGGAAAGCAGAAGAUUGGCCGAUGUUUUACACUGCUUUCACAGAAUCCACCGCAGUCUAUGUGUAUAGUAAUUUUGAAAGCAAUCAACGGCUACACAAGUAUUUGAAAGGUGAGGCUCGCGAAACUGUGAAGUCGUUGCUUAUACACCCAAGCAACGUCAAUAACAUUAUCGAACAAUUGAAAUUUAAAUUUGGUCGCCCUGAACAGUUGAUUUGUUCCCAGCUAGCUCAAGUAAGGGAGAUUGCACCCAUUACAGAGAGUGCUGUUUUGAAAUUAGUGUCAUUUGCUACAAAGGUUAAUAAUAUAUGCAUUUUCUUACAGUCAGCUAACGGAGGAGAUCAGCAUCUCGCCAACCCUACGCUACUUGAUGAUCUCGUCAUGAAAUUGCCGAUGAGUAAACGAAUUGAGUGGGCUACUUAUGCAGCAUCCAGACAGCCGUAUGCUACAAUAGUACAGUUUAGUCAAUGGCUCACGAGAUUAGCCAAUGUUAUCUCCUCAGUUAACGCCGUGUCGUGUUGCAUGCUGCCGAGUCACAACGUCGACAGAGCUGCCCUAUAUGCCGUGGCCCUCAUAAUACAGCGGAGUGCAAUAAAUUUAUUGAAUUCACAGUGCCGAGAAGAUGGACCGAGACGAAGAAUCUUCGCCUAUGUUUCUCAUGUCUCAAUGCUGGCCAUGGAACUCGCACUUGCCAACGUCGGAAGCCAUGUUCUACCGAAGGAUGCAGAAGAAUGCACCAUAAGUUGCUCCAUGAAAUAGCACCGAUUUCCACAGUUACUCAA